AUGAAAUUAAAUCCUCUGAUAAAAACUACAAAGAUAUUCUUGCAUAGAUAAAAAUUCCGCUCUAAUAAAAUAGUGCAAUAUAAGAAGGUAAUAUUAUUUUUUUUUGAUAUUUUAGCAUCCAAUUACAUCACUACACUCCUCAUUUCCUAAUAGGCCAUAUUUUAAGCAUAAGGAGCACUAAUUUUGA